GGGGCCUGGCUGUCAAGAUGGCGCACUCCGCGCUGCUGCGGCCCUUGUCGCGGCUGCUGGCUCCCGCCCGGCUUCCGAGCGGCUCGGCCGCGCGGUCCAAGUUCUACGUGCGGGAGCCGCUGCACGCCCAGCCGAACUGGCCCAAGGUCGUGCUGACCUUCGCCACCACGGGCUUCCUGUGGUUCAAACUUAUCACACAACAUCAAGAAGAUGAGUUAGAGUAUAAAAGGAGAAAUGGAUUAGAAUAAACUGGAAAUGCUAAUAUAGUAUGUUCCACAUGACUAUGGAAGUCCUUCUGAAUUCCCAUCUACUGAGUUGUGAGUGUGAGAGAAGAAGUUAUAUAUGAAUAUGUAUCAAGUCACCAUUUGUGUUUGCAUCAUUAAAGGAAAGAAAUAAAAAUGCUUGUUUAUUCCUCAAA